AUGUCCCAGGUUGAACGUAAACCGACGCCGCCCCUACACGAGGAGAUUGAAGACAAGGCAUCCAUCAAUGACAUCUCAAAAGGGGUCGCCAUUGCGAACAAGCAGGGUCUUUCGGCCGAGCUAGCUGUGGCAAUCGCGGGUACAAACAUCGAUCCUUGGAGUAGGAACUCAUUCAAGCUGUACAUGGCAAUCUUCUGCUCCGUCUGUUGCGCAUACGCAAACGGUUACGAUGGGUCUCUCAUGACAGCACUUAAUGCCAUGAAGCCUUUCCAGAAACAAUUCAACAUAGGUACCACUGGACCACUCGUCAGUGUCAUGUUUUCCCUUUACAGUGUUGGCAACUUCAUUGGUAGUACAUUUGCGGCCGUAAUUACGGACAAGUUCGGACGUCGCAAGGCAAUGGCUUCUGGAGCCUGCGUGAUUAUUGUCGGUUCGAUCAUCGGCGCCACUGCCAAGCACAUUGCGCAGUUCAUGGUUGCGCGCUUUAUCCUCGGGUUUGGCAUCUCGAUCAUGAGCGUUUCCUCCCCGGCGUACUCUAUGGAAUGGCGUGGUCGUUGCACCGGCAUCUACAACUGCGGAUGGUAUGCUGGGGCCAUUCCAUCUGCCGCCGUGACAUUUGGCACCAAUUACCUCGCCAGCAACCUCAGUUGGCAGAUCCCCGUUGUGCUCCAAUGUCUUGCCUGCACUGUUGUGCUUUGCCUGUUUCCAUUCAUCCCUGAGAGUCCGCGUUACCUGAUGGCACAAGGCCGUGUUGAGGAAGUGCACGCUUUCCUUACCAAAUAUCACGGCGGUGGGGAUGCGAACGCCCCGCUUGUGCUUCUCGAACUGGAAGAAAUGCAAGCCAGCAUCAGCACAGAUGGCAUGGACAAGCGCUGGUGGGAUUACAGUGGUCUCUUAGCCACUCGUCCCGCACGCUGGCGCACCCUCCAAGUAGCGAUGAUGGCAGUCUUUGGCCACUGGAGUGGAAAUGGACUCGCCUACUUUGCCACGACAAUUUACAAGAACAUUGGCGUCACCACCGUCACUGCGCAGCUUGGCUACAACCUUCUCUACAGCAGCAUGAGCGCUGUAGGAGCGCUCACGGGUGCCCUCCUUACCGACCACAUGCCCCGUCGUUACGUCCUUUCGAUCGGUUCUCUCGUCCUCAGUGUUAUCUUGGGUGUCUUCACUGGGCUGAACGCCAUUAUCACCGGUGACCUCAAGGCCGGUCGUGCGAUUGACCCCAGCCUGGGACGUGGUGCAAUUGCCGUAUAUGUUCUAUUUGGCAUCUCCUGUGCUUUUGUCUACACCCCUCUCCAGGCAGUGGUGACUGUCGAGGCCCUCAGCACACCUAUGCGUGCCAAGGGCAUUGCGCUCAGCAACAUUAUCACCCAGGCGAUAGGAUUCAUCAACCUCUUUGCCGGCCCAAUCGCCUUGGCUUCCAUUGGAUACCGCUACAUCUUUGUGUUUGUCUUCUGGGAUGCGUUUGAGGCGGUGUGCUGGUGGUUCUUUGGUGUGGAGGCCCGCGGCCGCUCGCUGGAGGAGCUCGACUGGAUCUACGAGCAACCCAACCCAGUCAAGGCCUCCAAGUCGAUCUGA